GGGGCUGCCCGGCUCCCCGCGCCCAGAGGGAGCUUCGCCGCCGCCAUGUCUUCCGGGGCCAGCUUGAGCGCCCUGCAGCGCCUGGUGGAGCAGCUCAAGCUCGAGGCGGCCGUGGAAAGGAUCAAGGUCUCCCAGGCUGCCGCAGAGCUUCAGCAGUACUGCAUGCAGAAUGCUUGCAAGGAUGCCCUGCUAGUUGGUGUUCCAGCUGGAAGUAACCCCUUCCGGGAGCCCAGAUCCUGUGUUUUACUCUGAAGACUGUACAGAAGAAGUUUGCUGAAGAAUGUUUUCCAGUGCAUAUUAUGAAUGGCUGCCUCCAAGUUCCAAGAAAACACUUAUCUCUCGUUAAAUUACUUUAAGAUAUUUCAGACAUUUCCUAUGACUUAGACCUAGAGCCAGAAUUAUACAGAAAUUUGCCCUAACCCAAACCCAAUAAAACUAGAAUAGAUUUAAAUAAUAAUGAUUUGAAUUUUGCGUGGGAGAGGGUGAGAGGCUAAUACUCUGUACUUCAGACAAAUACUUUAUCACCAAAAAUUCCAAAAUGGACCUCUUUCAUUAGUAAAUUUGUAUUUGUAUACCUGGCAUAUUAUGUAUGUUUUGUUUACUGUAUAUUUACAUUUUGGGGAAUGAAUACUUGUUUAUUAAAAAAUUUUUAUCAUUUGUUGUUCCUGAAUAAGAUUUUUGUAUCAUGGCAAGAUUUUUUUUCUAGUGAACUUACAAUUUCUAAAUGAGACAUAAAAUUGGAAGAAAUAGACUUCAAUAAUCAAAUGAUAUCUUGAACUUUCUUAAUUAAAAUUUUGUUUUAAU